CCUUGCGCGCUACACCGGGACACCAUCAGAGGGAAUGGAAUAACGUUAUAACGGUACGGAGUGGAGUAGCGUAGUCUCCAGCAUACUGUGAGUGGAUGUUGUUACAGCAUCCUGCAGCUACCGAAUUCGCAAGUGUAUGGCCGCCACCGAGCAAAUAACAUGCAACGAAAUGUUCAGCCGCUGUUGCAGGCUUUAGAGUUUGAAAAGGGGAUUAUCAACUGGAACAACUGUUCAUGUCGAGAUCGUCUGUAUGAAGAUUUAGGAUCUGUAACUGGCGCUUAGAAAUUCGUAUAUGGGACGGAUUCAGAAUCGUGAGGAUGAAUAUCCUAUUCAUAGCCAUCUCAUGUGACGAAUAUUCACCUUGACCUCAGACUGAGAUGCAUCUUGAGAACAGCAAAACCUCCAGUGAGAGGGAAGGAAGAGGAUGCUUGCGGGAUGCAGACACAGCAGAGCUCAGUAAAAUCCAGCACAUCUAAUGGCUGGAGCCCCAACAACUGAGGAAGCUAAAUAAAGGGCUGUCACUCAAAGGCGAAUCAUUUCACGUUCAGCCCCUGCGUCACCGUGCUCGCUACACUGUUAAUGGCAUUGUCUCAGCAGCCAGCUAAGCUGAAGGGAACUUUGUAUGUGUUGAGGGAUUAUAUCCAGACUCGUAGGUUGGAUUGGUCCAGCUGAGACAAGAGGGAAACCCACACGAUCUUGUGGGGACAAUAGACUCCCUAUCGGGGCCAUUUUGCAUGAAGACCAUUUCUUUGCUAGCAGGUUCAUUUGACUGCAUGUAAGAACCACAUUGAAGAGGGCAUGCAGUGGCUGUGCUCUGGUUGCAGCUAACGGACAGCUUGCCAGUUUUUCUUGAUAGUCUUCUUUUUAAUUCCCCCAAAAAAAACUGGUGAAAGUUUGGAGGGCACCCACUAUGGAAGGACAUUGCUCUUUUUAUAGGUUUGACUAAGAAUACGUGUACCUUUACGGAAUCACUGUUUUGUUACAAAAGGGGGGGGAAAGAUUGCUGCCCCCCCAAAAAAAAAAACUUAGUGGGACGAGCAGUCAAGGGGUGCAUGUCAGACACUGCUGAGCUGCAGAAUGAAGCUGAAGAAGCAAGUUACCGUGUGUGGUGGUGCCAUUUUCUGCGUGGCUGUCUUCUCACUCUAUCUCAUGCUGGAUCGAGUCCAACAUGACCCAGCCAGGCGCCAGAACGCUGGCAAUUUCCCCAGGAGCCAGAUCUCCGUGUUGCAGAACCGCAUCGAGCAGCUCGAGCAGCUCCUGGAGGAGAACCACCAGAUCAUCAGCCACAUUAAGGACUCUGUGCUGGAGCUGACUGACACGGGCGCUGUGGCUCCGAGUGGUCAGCUGCCCUUCCGCAGUGCUAACGGUUCCUGGGUGCUACCCUUUGAUGGACGCCCCACCUUCCUUUCCGUCAUGCCACAGGAUUGCCAGUUUGCCCUGGGAAGGCGUAAGGACACUGAACUACAGAUGUUGGACGUGUACUCACUGUUGAACUUUGACAACGUGGAUGGAGGAGUGUGGAAACAGGGCUUUGAGAUCUCCUACGAGCCAAACGAGUGGGACAAGGAGCCGCUGCAGGUGUUUGUGGUGCCACACUCUCACAAUGAUCCAGGAUGGAUUAAAACCUUUGACAAGUAUUACAGUGACCAGACACAACACAUCUUCAAUAACAUGUUGGUGAAGUUGGCUGAGGAUCCCAGACGCAAGUUCAUUUGGUCUGAGAUUUCCUUUCUUGCCAAGUGGUGGGACAGUGUGGACACCCAGAAGCAAGAAACCAUGCGCAAGCUAAUCCUCAGCGGGCAGUUGGAAAUUGUGACAGGAGGCUGGGUAAUGACAGAUGAGGCUAAUGUUCAUUACUUCGCCAUGAUUGACCAGCUUAUCGAGGGUCACCAGUGGCUGGAGAAGAAUAUAGGAGUGACCCCCCGCUCUGGCUGGGCAGUUGACCCCUUUGGCCACAGUGCCACCAUGCCCUACCUGCUGAAGAGGGCUAAUCUGACCAGCAUGCUUAUUCAGAGAGUCCAUUACUCCAUCAAGAAACACCUUGCUUUCAGCCGCAACCUGGAGUUCAUGUGGAGGCAGGCAUGGGAUACUGAUUCCAGCACAGAUAUCUUCUGCCACAUGAUGCCCUUCUACAGCUACGAUGUCCCUCACACAUGUGGGCCUGAUCCCAAGAUCUGCUGCCAGUUUGAUUUUAAGAGGCUUCCCGGGGGCAGGGUGAAUUGUCCCUGGAAAGUGCCGCCCCGGGCCGUUGUGGAAGCUAAUGUGGCCGAGAGGGCAACCCUCCUUCUAGAUCAAUAUCGGAAGAAGUCAAAGCUGUUCCGCAGCAAAGUGGUUUUGGUUCCUCUGGGGGAUGAUUUCCGUUACGAUAAGGCUCUGGAGUGGGACCAGCAGUACCUCAACUACCAGAAGCUCUUUGAUUACAUGAAUUCACACCCAGAGAUGCACGUUCAUGCUCAGUUUGGGACUCUGACAGACUACUUCAAUGCGAUUUACAAAAUGAACGGAGUGGCUCAAGGAGCAAGACCACCAGACUAUCCUGUGUUGAGUGGAGAUUUCUUUGCAUAUGCUGACCGAGAGGACCAUUACUGGAGCGGGUAUUACACCUCCCGGCCAUUCUACAAGAACUUCGAUCGUGUUCUGGAAUCCCAUCUGAGGGGUGCAGAGAUCCUUUACAGCCUGGCCGUGGCUCACGCACGCCACCUGGGCAUGGAAGGCCGCUACCCUGUCUCAGACUACACCUUCCUGACUGACGCUCGCCGCAGUGUCGGUCUCUUCCAGCACCACGAUGCCAUCACAGGCACAGCCAAAGAAGCUGUUGUAAUCGACUAUGGGACCAAGUUACUCCGAUCCCUCAUGGGUUUAAAGAAAGUGAUUAUCAACGCAGCACACUUUCUUAUUCUGAAGAACAAGGAUCUUUACCGCUUCUACCAGACAGAACCUUUCCUGGAGACGGAUGACAGGCGUGCAACACAAGACUCCCUGCCCCAGCGCACACUGAUUGAACUGGACCCCUCUCCCAGGUACUUGGUGUUGUUUAACCCGGUCGAGCAGGAGCGCCUGUGUGUGGUCACGGUUUUGGUGAACACAGCACGAGUUCGUGUGCUGACGGAAGAUGGGCAGACCCUCCCGGCACAGUUAAGUGCCCAAUGGACCUCACCCAGUGAGAUGAGCCCCGAUGGAUACCAGGUCUCCUUCAUGGCUCGCCUUCCAGCUCUGGGCUUGGCUGUGUUCCACCUCUACGACUCCUUUGACUCGCCCCUGACUUUGCGUUCUGAUGCUGCCCUUCGGCUGAACGGGCGAGGGCUAACCGUGCGAGGAGUGGACCCUCUGCCGCUGCGGACACUUGCUGCCGACGAGCGCCGCUUCUACAUCCAUAGCCAGUCCCUCACAUUGGGCUUCUCGGGAACCACAGGCCUGUUGGAGAGCAUCCGCCGCAAGGAUGACCCACAGGAGGUGAGGGUGCAAAUGGAAAUGCUAAUCUAUGGCACACGACCUUCCAAGGACAAGAGCGGAGCCUACCUCUUCCUCCCAGAUGGAAAAGCCAAACCAUACACUCAGAAGGAGCGGCCUGUAGUGCGUGUGGUUGAGGGCCCCCUCUUUUCUGAAGUUGUGUCACACUACCAGCACUUCCAGCUCACUGUUCGCAUUAACAAUGUUCCAGGGGUGGAUGGCCUCUCUCUGGACAUCACCACCUUGGUGGACAUCAGAGAUCAGGCCAAUAAAGAGCUUGCCAUGCGAUUGGUCACUGACAUCCAGAGCAAGGAUACCUUCUUCACAGACCUUAAUGGCUUCCAGAUUCAACCACGACGCUACUUCAAGAAGCUCCCGCUCCAGGCAAACUUCUACCCCAUGCCCACCAUGGCUUACAUCCAGGACACCCAGUACCGCCUCACCCUGCACACAGCUCAGGCCCUAGGAGUGGCGAGCCUGGAUAGUGGCCAGUUGGAGGUCAUCCUAGACAGGCGUCUGAUGCAGGACGACAACCGUGGACUGGGACAGGGGCUGAAGGACAACAAGAGAACUGCCAACAAAUUCCGCAUCCUACUGGAGAGAAGAGCAGGCGCCAGCAAGGCACUGGACAGUGGUCCUAUCAGCUUCCCUUCACUUCUCAGCCAUAUGACUUCAGCCAUCCUGAACCAUGAGGUCUUGGCCCUGCCGGUGGUGCCGAAGAAGCGGGGGGUGCCACCCCUUCGCACAUUCAGCCCUUUGUCGGCUGCGCUGCCCUGCGACAUUCACCUGCUUAACCUGCGCAGCAUACAGGGCCAGCAGGAGCAUGUCCCGUCGCCCUACACUGCGCUCAUCCUGCAUCGCAAAGGUCUGGACUGCAGUUUGGAAGCCCAGAACCCUGGCUUCAACUGCAGCACCACGCAGGGCAGGCUGGCCAUUGCAGGAUUACUCCAGAGCCUGGAUGUGCAUCUGCUCCAGCCCAUGUCCCUGUCCCUCAUGUUCUCCAGCACACCCCUAACCAACACUUCUGUCAUCCACCUGGACCCCAUGGAGAUCUCUACCUUCAGGAUCAAACUGCGCUAGCUGGCGUUCGCUCACCACGUGGCUGGAACUCUAUCCACUGUGUGCAACCUGUGCACAGCGGGAGCUGGCCCAGCCCUCAGACUGGAAGAACAAUCACCUCUUGUGUGUGCACGUGUGUGUGUACACGUGUGUGUAUGUAUAUAAAUAGAAAUAUAUGUAUGUAUGCGUGUGUGUGUGUAUAUAUAUAUAUAUAUGCGCACACACACAAACAUACAGGCGUAUUGACGAACUCUCAAUGAGUCUGAGCUACAGGACAGCCUUGUUUACAAGAUGUGGGCAUGAGGAGCUGACACUAACUGUGGAUGUGGAAGCAACAGAGAUCCCAGAGAGGGUUGUGCUCAUGAACGAUACCAUUAGUCUCAACCCGUGGGGGUCUUGCUGUGAGCCAGGAGCAGCUGCAGGAAAUGCUCAAGCCAUCGUCUUUGCCUUUUCUUGGUGGGGGAACUAGAGUGUUUGCUCUUAUCAGUGAAGGAUAUAACCGUUAUUUAGCAAAUGAGCUUUAAGGUUGAUUUUUCAGAGCCUGUUAUGUGGUGGACUUUGUCUGCCCUGUAUUAAUACAGUGCAGGGAAUAGAUACUGGAAAAUUAUUUUAAAAAUGAAUGAAUAGUGCACCUUUAACAUCAAUGCCAUUAUAGGCUCUGCUGUAGUUACUCUGGCCAGUAAUCAUAAAUUUAAUCAAUUUAUGCAAAUGGUGAAUACUGAAAAGGAGAUUAUUGAAGAAUCAACAUAGGAUUUUACUGACUUUUUUUAUUUUUUUUAAUUUUUAAAAACUGAUUGUGAUUUGUUCAUUGUAGGGAGUGGUAUGGUAAGUAAUUUGACAUUUUCUGGUAUCACUGACCUUCCAAAGCUAAUGCCUGAUCUUUUUUUUUCCCCUCUUUUUCUUGAUGAUCCUUUCAAACCAUAAUAGAUGACCUUGCAGCCUACCGCCUCAAACAUUUUUUAAUCUUGUGAAUUGAUUCAAACAAUGCACAAGUCCACCGAGGCCCUAUUAUACUGUCUUUUCUAGUUGAGUCAAUGGUGCAUAAUCAACAAUGAAAUAUUAAUUUAUUACUUGAGGUUCUCAUACAUCUGUGUUCUAGUGUUUGUGUGCCAUGGCCAGGAAAAUGACAUUGUGUACUAUACUGUAUGCAGUAGAACAUAAUACCUCAUAUUUGAAAUAUGAAAACUUGGCAUGUAUUCGAUGUGAAAACUUCUGUGAAGAUGGGACAGAAGGUGUGUGGGCAAGGCAGUUGAGUAGUGCUGCACUACGGUCGUCUUGGAGCCCAGACCAACCCUGCCUGUGGGGCAAAGAGUGCCACCCCCACCCGCCCCAGUCACACCUGUGUUCCUCUGCUCUCGCUCCCGGUACAACACACUUUGUAGAGAAAUGUCUUUUGUAUAUUGUUUUUGUUGUCGCUCUAGGUUUUUGCUAAAUGAAAUGAGAAAAAGUUAAAAACACCCCCACCCUCCCUUUGUGUUCCUCUUUAUUGCUGGUGGUGUUUAUUAAAAAGAGAAAAUGCAUAUAAUAUGUAAAAUUAAGCAAAUCUGCAGGAGUUGGCAUUGAAUAAAAUUAAAACAAAACA